AUGCAAGCCCUCAUCACACAUCGCACCUUCUUCACAAGGGUCUUCAAUGCCCUGAGCGGCAGGGCAAUCUUCAGCCCAGGCGCCACAGUUCGCGACAAUGUCCCCAUUCCCAAGAUCAAUUCACAGCAGCUUCUCGUCAAGGUUAAGACGGUAGCCCUGAACCCCAGCGACUUCAAGCACAUGGACGCUCUCGGCCUACCGAACUGUAUACUCGGCUGUGACUUUGCCGGCGAGGUGGUCGAGGUUGGCGGUGGCGUUACCAGCAAGUGGAAGGUCGGCGAUCGCAUAGCUGGCUGUGUACAUGGAGGCAUGUACUCCGACGAGGGCGCGUUUGCCGAGUAUCUUAAGGUUGAUUCCGAUAUCGCCUGGCGAGUUCCUGAUGAUAUCAGCGAUGCAGAUGCAACGACGUAUGGCGUGUCGGCUGUCACAGCAGCGUACACCCUGAACACCCGGUUUGGUAUUCCUUUCCCAGGCAGUGGCGAGACGCCAGCCCCUAGCGAUGACUUGACCAUAUUCAUCUACGCGGGUGGCACCAGUGCAGGGCUCUUCCAUCUUCAAUUCGCCAAGGCAGUUGGCUAUACCGUUGUCACAACCGCGUCCCCGCGCUCCUUCGACCUUGUCAAGAAGUACGGCGCCGAUGCCGUCUUUGACUAUCGCUCUCCAACGCUCGUUGCGGACAUCCUAGCUAAAUAUCCCAAUCUUACCAAAGCGGUCGACUGCUUCUCCGAAGGCGCAUCGUCAUCUAUUUGCGCUCAAGUAUUGCAGCCGAGGGACAGCAAGGUGGUCAUCUUGCUACCGAACGGUCAAUCCAAGAUUCCUGGCGUGCGGUAUGAUCCAGUCAUGCUCUAUAGCUGCUUUGGCAGGGCCUUCCAGAUGCUGGCACCCAUAGGGCCCAAGUUCGAGGCGUUGAAAGGGGAUCGCGAAUGGCUUGCCCGGUACUACAGCGCCUUUCCACACCUAGCGCGUAUAUUAAAGCCGAUACCUAUAGUCAAGCUUGAUCCUGGAUUCAAGGGUAUCAUGGAUGGCCUGGACAAGCUGCGCAAGGGGAUGGUCGCAGGUGGCAAACAGGUUGUUGAGUUGCGAUCCUGA